AUGUCCCCCACGCCCGCACAGACGGACGCGCUAGGACAGCUCUGGGCGAUCACCGCGUCCACAACAGAUGCUGCACGUGCACGGGACGAGCGUGUGCUGCGCGAGCACAGCUGGGACGUCGAGCUCGCAGUGAACCAUAUCUUCUCCGGCGGCGCUACCCAAGGCAGCAGAGACACGGCCGGCGCAGGCGGCAGCGCGGCGCCGUCGGCACGCAAGACCGAGACCGAGGGUUCGGCGGCUGCGGAGGAUCUCGGCGACCUGGCAGUCCGAUCUGGUGUGCCGCUUGGCCCCCGUCGUAUAUCGGGCACCACCACUCCCCGGCCGCGGCCUGGACAGGCCGGGCUAGGGGUAUGGGAUACGUUCGUGUGGCCGUUCUCGUUCAUCGCAUCCAUCCUCACGGGGACAUGGUACUUCUUCAUCCGUACCGUCGUCCCCCUCUCGCUCCUCCCUCACCUGCCCCGUUUCCUGCUACCCCCACCGAGCCGCCCGCCUCCUUCUGGACCAAGAGACCCCACGACAGCAUCUCUCCGCUUUGUUAGGGAUCUCGAGACGCUUACUGGCGGAUCCGCCGCGUCUGGCACGUUACCUGACCUCUGGAUCGGCCCAUACCGCGAUUUCCUCGCCGACGUGCGCAAGCAGGGCAAGGUCGGCGUGGUUGUGCUGGUGUGCGCCGAGCACGAGGACGACGAAGAGUUCAAGCGCGACGUCCUUGCCGACCCCGAGUUUGUCAAGUGUCUCAAGGAGCACGACAUUAUGAUCUGGGCGGCCGAUGUGGCAGGUCGGGAAGGAUACAUGGUCUCGCAGACGCUCCUGACGACGACGUACCCUUCGCUCACGUUUGCCUCUCUCUUGCCGGUUCACCAGUCGAGCACGCCGCGCCUCACCAUCUUAUCUACCGUCCAAGGCCCUCCGUCCACUGCCACCUCGUCCUCGACCAUCAUCCAGACCAUCACCACCUCCAUCCUCCCGCGUACCGCCACUUUCCUGCAGCGUCUCCGCCGCGAGCGUCUGACGCUCGAGGAAGCCCGCCAUCUGCGCGAAGAGCAGGACAGGGCGUUCCGCGAAGCUGAGCGCCGCGACCGCGAAAAGCUCCUUGCGGCACGCGCCCAGGCCGAGCUCGAGCGCGUGCAGCGCGAGCGCGACGAGCGCGAUGCCGAGGCCCGCGUAAAGCUCGUCGAGGACCGCAGGCACUGGCGGAGGUAUGCGCGCAAGCACCUCCUCCCACCCUCGGCUGGGCCCGUCCGUCUCGCGCUCCGCACGCCCCUCAACGCCGACCGCAACGUGUACCAGUUCACUCCUGGGCCGUCGACGCUGCCGUUGUUCGUGUACGCCGAGACGCGCCUUAUCCCCAAAGAGGACGACCCGGCCAGCGACCCCGACGCGCCUCCCGCAGGCUACGAGCACGCAUGGGGGUUCCGCCUGGUCACGUCGUUCCCGCGUGUGGAGAUUGAGCUGGUCGAGACUGGCGGCGAGGAGGUGUGGUCCCAGCUCAAGGCUGCUGGUGGCGCCCUGUUCGCCGAGAAGAUCCCCGGUGGCGACUGGGGAGAUGCAGAGCUCAAGGCUGCGAAUGGCGGCCAGGAGAGUGACGACGAGGAGAUUGUGUCCGACUCGGAUUGA